AUUGGGACGCAGACAUCUAUAUUUACAUCUCAGCACAAGGUAAAUGACAUUCCUCCAUCCAUUAUUUAAUUUUCUGUUAGUACAUAUUUAUUUGUUUAAAACUUGACACAACUAAAAUACAUCUAAUUUUCCUAAGUAAAAAAGUACCCCUGACAGGCAUCAUGUCGAUGGGAUUGGAGAUCGGGGGCAUUGCCCUGGGCAUUAUCGGUUGGAUCAUUAGCAUUGUGGCUUGUGCUCUUCCAAUGUGGCGAGUUUCGGCUUUCGUUGGUGCAAAUAUCGUCACGGCACAAGUCAUCUGGGAAGGUUUGUGGAUGAAUUGUGUCGUACAGAGCACUGGACAGAUGCAGUGCAAGAUCUACGACUCCAUGCUGGCUCUGGCUCAGGACCUUCAGGCUUCCAGAGCCAUGUCGGUCGUCGCCAUCAUCUUGGGCAUCCUGGGUGUGUUGAUCUCCGUCAUGGGCGCCAAGUGCACCAACUGUAUCGAAGAUGAAGCAUCCAAGGCUAAAGUGAUGAUCGUCUCUGGUGUGAUGUUCAUUAUUGCUGGUGUCCUGGAGCUCAUUACAGCGGCUUGGGUGGCAAACCAAACCAUUCGGGAUUUCUACAACCCAAUACUGAUAUCAGCUCAGCAAAGAGAGCUUGGGGCAUCCAUCUACAUAGGGUUUGCCGCCGCUGCUCUGUUACUGAUUGGAGGAGCGAUGCUGUGCUGCACCUGUCCUCCACGAGAGAAGAAGUACAAGCCACCAAGAAUGGGCUACACGGCUCCACGCUCUGUCAGUGCUGGAUAUGACAAGAAGGACUAUGUUUAAAAAAGUUUUAUUGUAGAAAAAUAUAAACAAAGAAUAAUUAGAAGGAUUUGAAGAUCUCACAGAAAGGAUGGAGAUACUUCUGAAAGGACUCCGCAAUGAAGGGUCACACGAUGCUGUCAAUAUUUCCUUUUCGGCUGUUUAAGACUAGUGUGUGUGUUUGUAUGUGUGUGUGUGUGUGUGUGUGUGUGUGGAUGGUUUCAUAGGCUUACCUGUCAGGGAUUUUGUGUUUAUACAUUUCAUAUACAUGUAUGAUAUUUUAUGUGCUGAUGUUUAAACUUUCCUGUUUUUUGUUUAGCAGUUCUUGCUUUUUGUGUCAUGUCAUAACAUGGUGUCAAAAUGUGUAUUUAAAAUUGUUCUAAGCAGACAUAAAUAGCCAAAGAUAUAUGAUAUGAGACAGAGACAUUAUUUUAGGAAAACAGUCGCUGUGUCUGAUGGCUUAUCUGACACUCAUGUAUGUUGACAGGAAGAGGAAGACUUUAGCUCUUUACAUGUAUUUGCUUAUGAAAAUUUCACUGGACACAGAAACUGAACAUGUAUUUUGUUUUUCCUUUUAGGUUUCAGUUUUUGAGGUUGUACAUCAUUUCGUUUCUGCAUAGUUAAAACUUUUUGUACUACUGUUUUACUAUUCAUAGAUAUUUUUUACAGAUUUAAAAGAAAUUAUUUAGUGUAUUUUCCAGAUAACCAAUUGAAAUAUUUGUCAGUCCUGUUGCUUUUAUAUUUUAAAAAUUGAAUGCACGGAAAAGUUAAACAGUUCAAUAGCUUAUAUAUUAAACAAAUGGUCAGUUACAGCACACAAUAGACUGUUGGAGUGGUUUUACCUGUUUGGCCCUUUGUUGUACAAUUAGGGCAGUAAUGUGACACAUUCUGAGAAAGACCACAAGGUUUACAAACCUUAGGCAAGCUGUACUGUUUGCUAUAGGUGGUGACCAUAGACUGUAGAUCCGACCAAAACCAGUCUGAUUAACUAACAAGAGACUAAGGGAUGGUGUUUGGAAAGAAAAUGUAUAAGGCACAAAAUGUUUAGCUUACCUAAUGUAUAUACUGAAUGUCUGUGUUUUAUCCCAUUGUAAUUUCAAAAUAAAUGCAAUACAAACUGCA